AUGUCUUUUGUUGUUACUCCCACGCCACAAACGCGUCAGACCUUCGCUCUCCAACACCCCCGAUCCUCCCCGAUCCCCGUCUUCUCACACGGCGGUGGAUUCUACAUGGGCACACACACGCUCCCCGACCCCGCGUCCAUCAUCUACCACACCCUUGGCUCUUUCUUUGCCACCCGCGGAUUCAUCACCAUCGCCCCUGACUACCGCCUCGUCGACUCUGGUGUGAAGUUCCCUGGUGCAGCGCAGGACGUGCGGGAUGCGAUGCAGUGGGUCGUGGAUAACCUUCCCUUCCCAGAUUCUGAUAUCUACGUCCUCGGCCAUUCUGCGGGGGCGAUGAACCUGAUUACCAUCCCUGCUCUCCCGGAGCUGUACUCCCCCACUUUGCAGCCCCGUAUCACAGGCGCGGUCCUCCUCUAUAUGAAAGAUUCCGUCAGGCUUUACUAUGGCGAAGAUGAUGAGGCGAAGCAGAGGAUGUCAGUGGCAUUGUUGGGUUCAGCGAGAUUGUCGGCUCCGAGGCUCCUGCUCGGUAUUGACAAGAGGAAUAUUUCCUGCCUUCGUCCCAUCAUGGAGAGGUUCGGUGGAGCUCUCAGUGCAAGGAGCGAUGCUGGGUGGUUAGGCUUGGGGUGCCAAAGUGCCAUUUUCACAUGCAUGCAGCCCAAGGAUACUGAGGGAUUGCGCAUGCAUGCACAUCGUAAUCCUCGUCUUCUCUCAUGGCGACGGCUUCAACACUAUCCGUUAUCUGAAUCAAUCACGACUUCGGCUCCCUCUUCGCCACCCGCAGAUUCACCGCCAUCAUUCCCGAUUACCGCCUCGUCGACUCUCAGCCAAUGGGUAUAA